AUGGCGACGUGCAGUGAAAUUUUGACACGCUCAUUUCCGAAGAUCGAUACGGAACUAUUUCAGUAUGUGACAGGUAUAUUGAAUGGCGGUACUGAAGACUUCAACUCGUCUGAUGACGUCUAUGAUGCGAUUGGUGACGUCUUGAAAGAAGUCGAUGAAGGCAAAUCAGACAAUGAGAUUAGAAAUAUAUGUAAACGACUAUUGAAUUGCAUGACACUUGCAGAUGAUUUUAGUGAUAAUGUCAAUGGAGUGCUUCUGUUAGACACACCUGUUCACCUUGGUGAAAUAGCUCAGAAACAAGAGGAAACAGUACAUGGUCAUGGAAUCUGGAUGGUACAAAAGGACUCCUAUUCAGUCGUUGAUAAAAAGAGGCUGGAAAAAGCGGAGGCUAAAAUCAAAGCAAAACAAGAAAGAAGAUCACAGAAAGAAGAUACUGUGAAACCUGGCUAUUCAGUGGGAGCAGAAGCGUCAGCAAGCCAAGUUAUUGAUAGGAAAGAAGCAAAACUUGAUUCUGCUGGUGGUAAAACAAGAGAUAUUCGAAUUGAAGAUUUUGAUAUUGCCUUUGGUGAUAAGGUAUUAAUGAAAGGUGCUAAUCUUAAUUUGAUAUAUGGCCGGCGAUAUGGUCUCGUUGGAAGGAACGGACUUGGGAAAAGUACGCUAUUAAAACUCAUCGCUUGUGGCGAUUUGAAGAUCCCGUCCCAUGUAGACAUACUCCACGUGGAGCAAGAAGUGGUGGGUGACGAUACGCUAGCGUUAGAUAGUGUAUUAGAAUGUGAUGAAGUCAGAGCCAGUCUACUGAAAGAAGAAAAGGAACUCAAUGACAAAAUUCAGGCAACCAGUCCCGGAUCUACAGAAAGCUGUUUAAGUACCCGACUCUCACAAAUAUACACAAAAUUAGAAGAUAUUGACGCUGAUAAAGCACCAUCAAGAGCUUCUGUAAUUCUUGCUGGGUUAGGGUUUUCAACACAUAUGCAGUCACAAAAAACAAGGGAGUUUUCCGGUGGUUGGCGAAUGAGGCUGGCAUUGGCAAGAGCUUUGUUUUCCAGGCCAGAUUUACUAUUGUUGGAUGAACCCACUAACAUGUUGGAUUUAAAAGCAAUAUUAUGGUUAGAAAAUUACUUACAGGGUUGGCCAACCACGUUGCUGGUGGUUUCUCACGACAGGAAUUUUCUGAAUGCCGUCGCCACUGAUAUUAUUCAUUUACACUCACAGAAAUUAGAAACUUACAAAGGAGAUUAUGAAUUAUUUGUUAAAACAAAAACAGAAAAAUUAAAGAAUCAACAGCGAGAGUACGAGUCACAAAUGAAAGAGAGAGAACAUAUACAGGCUUUUAUUGACAGGUUCAGAUACAAUGCCAACAGAGCUGCACUUGUACAAAGUAAAAUCAAACUAUUAGAAAGAAUGCCACAUAUUACGCCAGUUGAAAAAGAAUCUGAAGUUAUACUCAGGUUUGCAGAGGUUAAUGAAAAGUUAUCACCUCCAAUAUUACAAUUGGAUGAGGUGAAAUUCUACUACAGUGAAGAUAAACCCAUUUUUAAUAGCAUUGAUGUAUCAGCCAACCUGGAAUCAAGAAUAUGUAUUGUUGGUGAGAAUGGAACUGGUAAAACAACAUUACUGAAGAUUCUCCUUGGAGAUUUGUCACCAGUUAAAGGGAUCAGACAUGCACAUAGGAAUUUACAAAUCGGUUAUUUUAGUCAACAUCACGUCGACCAAUUAGAUAUGGAUAUGACGUCACUGGAAGUUAUGUCAACUAAGUUUCCAGGUAAAACGGUUGAGAUGUAUCGCCAUGCAUUAGGUGGUUUUGGAAUUUCAGGUGACUUAGCAUUGCGGCCUGUAUCUAGUCUUUCUGGAGGACAGAAAAGUCGAGUAGCAUUUGCUAUUCUCAGUAUGCUGAGGCCUAACUUCUUCAUACUUGAUGAACCCACAAAUCAUUUAGACAUGGAAACCAUUGAGGCUUUGGGUAAAGUUCUUAAUAAAUUCCAGGGAGGUGUGAUACUAGUUUCUCACGACGAGAGACUGAUUACAAUGAUUUGCAAGGAAUUGUGGGUAUGUGGCAAUGGAACCGUCAAACGCGUUGAAGGAGGAUUUGCUGAAUACAAACAAAUACUGGAGGAAGAGUUCGCUUCCCAAUAAAACUGUCAAAUUGGUGUGAAGAUAAUAAGCAACAACGUCAUAGAUGCAACAGAUUCUGUGCUUGAACUUGAGAUUAAUUACACCUGCUGGACUACAUCAUGUAUGCAAUAAAACACUGCAGCAUAAUCGCAAUAUUGACGUCACAAUGUAGUUUGUGAUAUAAAGAAACCGACAGUAGCGGAUCCAGGCAUACGCCCAUGCUGUCGUCAGAUUCACAAGAAAGUACCAACAAUGGGGAGGAUUUCCCAGACUAGGAAAUGACACGUCCCCGUACAUCUGACAUCAAUAUAUACCUACUCUUACUACUCAUGUCUAUAUCUUGCUUACUGCUAUAUAAAUACCCCGCCAUCAGUCAUCUCACUAAUCGUCAUCCUCAACAUUAAAAGUAAUUAUUUUUUUGAUCUAUUAAUGAUCACUUAUUACACAUUUUAUUCAUUAUUUACUGUAUUUUUUUUUUUGCAUAAUGUUUUCAACUUUUGUUUCAGAAAUGUUGAUACAUUGUAUUUAUUCACUACACUAUACUGCUAAUAAAUCGAUGUCCUUCUGUUCUGCAGACCUUGCCAGCUCUA